UUGAAAAAUUUUUAUAACUUUCCUCUGGAGACAAUUCGAAUGACAAAAAUGAAAGUCAAUACAAACUUCAUGGAGGAUAAAAUUCAGGAAAUGCAGCAGUUCUUGGGGUUAAAUGUGACUGGGCAACUGGACAAAUCUACUCUGGACAUGAUGCACAGACCUCGAUGUGGACUGCCUGAUGUUCAUCAGUUCAAGACAAUGCCAAGGAGGCCAGUGUGGAAGAAACAUUUUAUCACCUACAGAAUCAAUAAUUAUACUCCUGACAUGAAGCCUGAGGAUGUCGACUAUGCCAUCCAGAAAGCUUUUCAAGUGUGGAGUAAUGUGACCCCCCUGAAAUUCAGAAAGGUUACUGCAGGCGAGGCUGACAUUAUGAUCCGUUUUGCACCUGGAGCUCAUGGAGACUUCAGUCCUUUUGAUGGCAGAGGUGGAAUCAUAGCUCAUGCUUUUGGACCUGGAUCUGGUAUUGGAGGAGACGCACAUUUUGAUGAGGCUGAACUUUGGACUAAAAACUACAAAGGCAUCAACUUGUUCCUAGUUGCUGUUCAUGAGUUUGGUCAUUCCUUGGGUCUUGACCAUUCCAAUGAUCGAAAGGCCAUAAUGUUCCCCACCUACAGAUAUGUGGAUCCCAACACAUUCCACCUCUCUUCUGAUGAUAUACGUGGCAUUCAGUCUCUCUAUGGACGUCCAGAAAAGGACAAACCCUCAUCAAACCCUGACAAUACAGAAUCAGCUGUCUGUGAUCCCAAUAUGAGAAUUGAUGCUGUCACUACAGUGGGAAAUAAAAUCUUUUUCUUUAGAGACAGGUACGUCUGGAGGAAGCUUCCUGAGAGUCCAAAGUGGAGCGUUAGUUUAAUUUCUUCUUUAUGGCCAACCUUGCCAUCUGGUAUUCAAGCUGCUUAUGAAAUUGGAGCUAGAGAAGAAGUUUUUCUUUUUAAAGAUGAUAAGUACUGGUUAAUCAGCAAUUUGAAACCACAGCCAGGCUAUCCAAAGAGUAUACAUUCUUUGGGCUUUCCUGGCUUUGUGAAAAAAAUUGAUGCAGCUGUUUUUAACCCACUUGUAUAUAAGACCUACUUCUUUGUAGAUCAUCAGUUUUGGAGGUACGAUGAGAGAAGACAAUUCAUGGACCUUGGUUAUCCCAAAUUAAUUACCACACACUUUCCAGGAGUUAAGCCUAAAAUUGAUGCAGUGCUCUAUCAAAACAGGCACUACUAUUUUUACCAAGGAUCGAACUUACUUGAAUAUGAUGUACUUCUCCAGCGUGUCACCAAAAGCAAAAACAAUGUUGACUUUGGUUGUUAGGAAUGGUAUAAUUACUAGUGUUUCUCAACUCACUCCAGUUUAAUAAGUAUUUAUUUAUACUUGUUAUGUGCCCAAUGUGCAACUAAGUAAUGACAUAUAUCAAAAAAUAAAAUCUGUAGGAUAUAAAUAAAUGAUCAUAUAGGUAAAUGAUUAUACAAAACACAUAAGACUUUAUUUUUUAAAAGUCCCCAUUGUCAAUUUUUACUUGACUUUCCUAUUAAGUUUAAAAAUAGAUAUCUUCAAUGGGCAAGAGCAUAUCUUGGUCCCUAACAUCCUUAAACGGAGAGAUUAUAAUUAUUUCUCUGGCUUAACCAAAAUUAAGAAAUGAUUAGUUUCUUUGACCAUUAAAUAUUUCCACAAGGGUAUCAUUUUAAUUGGAGUAAAAAUAGAAUAUACCCAGAACUUAAAAAUGAUAAUAAGGUAAGAUAUAAUUAAAUUGUAUAAUU